AUUGGCACUUUUCUAUCGUACGAACAGGAACCUUACGAAUAGUCAAGUUUUGUUGAUCUGGAUCUGUCAAAACUUACCAAGACUGCUAUUUUGAAUAAAACGUUUAUGGGUUUGUAAGCUGUCAUUUGACCUUUUAAAAGGAAGGUUUUCAAAGUAUUGACAACAAUGGAACUCCAAGACAUUCACUACAACAAAGCUGAAUAUGUUGAAACGGCAUCCGGCAACAAAGUCAGUCGUCAGACCGUUCUUUGUGGUUCCCAAAACAUUGUGCUUCAUGGGAAGGUUAUAGUUCAAUCAGAUGCCAUUAUCCGCGGUGAUCUGGCCAAUGUACGAACUGGAAGGUACUGCAUUAUUAGUAAGAGAGCUGUACUGAGACCGCCGUUUAAAAAGUUCAGCAAAGGUGUUGCUUUCUUCCCCUUAUUCAUGGGAGAUCACGUUUUUGUUGGUGAAAAUUCUGUUGUUAGUGCAGCCAUGGUGGGAUCUUAUGUCUACAUAGGAAACAAUGUUGUUAUUGGACGGCGCUGUGUGCUCAAAGAUUGCUGUUACAUCGAAGAUAACUCUGUACUUCCCCCAGAAACAGUUGUACCCUCUUUUGCACGGUAUGCUGGAUCACCUGGUGUUUGUGUGGGAGAGAUGCCUGAAUGCACUCAGGAAUUGAUGGUAGAUUUAACAAGGAACUAUUAUGAGCAUUUUGUUCCAGCUCCUCAAUAAUGAAUUUGCUAUUGUUUUGUACUCCCUUCCUUGUUUUGUUAUGUUGUUGGUGAUCUUCUUGUGAGUCACUCAGCAAGCUUCAUUGUGAAAUAACUUUUAUGUCUUGUGUUAAAUUAUAAAUAAAAUACUGAACUUUAA